UUUCAUAGGGAAGGCAAAGUUGGUAUAUGUUAGCCAUUAGUACCUAAACCAGUCAGUCAAAACAGCAGGGGCUGUAUUGCUGCCCAAAUAUACAAUAUAUUGUGUAGAUUUUAUAUAUAUUGGUAUCUCGGGCCACAUUUUAUAGUCCUCUCAUGUUGACUGUUAAGGAUAUACCAAUAAGAACUCUUGUUUCGAGGAUAGAAAAGGUUGCUGUGAAUCAUGAAGGAUUACUGUCUUUUCUCUCUAAUGCUUGAAUUAUGAGGAGCCAGUGGAUGGAGUCGCUGAACUCACAAGGACCCUCCUGUCUGUGUCCGAAGUGCCUUUGGACAUGUCUGCUCGGACACACGAUAAACCUGUGCUGCCACCUCACUGCCCUGCGCCUCCGCAGACUGAAAGGAGGGCUGAAAUGUAUCAUUGGAUUAACUUGAGGCAACUUGUCAUACCGUGCACAUGAUGAAUCAGGCAGGGGCUUGUUUGCAGAUGAAACAGGAGCUGCACACGUUGGUUUCAGCACUUCGUACCUAACCAAACAACCAGAGCUAUGGAGUCGUGCCAUAGACACAGGCUGGUCUUUUUAAAGGCAACAAGUCAUUUUUGUAGUUGUUGUUGUUGUUGUUGUUGUUGUUUCCCGUUGUUCAACCAUUGCCCUGUUGUAGCUGUGAUUUCCCCAGAAAGCUAAGACAUUGCUCUCACUUCAGCUUACUUUGUGGUGACUGGGUUAUGCACCUUGCUGCGAGGUCACAUAAUUUGUAUGAUCUGUCUCCGUUUGAAAUAAAACAGUAGAUUGGGGGGUGGGGGGCGGGGGUUCACGCCCUGCUUUGUGUCAAGUUGCAUGCCGCUUUUUGAAAUGUGUUUCAUCCCUCGACUUGGGAGGUUAAAGAAGCCGUAUGCGACUUUCACUGCCACUAAAUGUUGCGCUACAGCACCAGCAUCUCAGACCAAAACAAAUGGGUGCCACAGCCCACCAUACUCCAUUGAGAAAAACAAUAAUUUUACCUCGCUCAUCAUCUUAAAACACACUUCAUUCAAACUGAAUAAAAUAAAAUAAAACUCACCAAAACCAUAUUUGCCAUAUCCGCUGUUCCAACAAUCAAUAAAUAUAAAUAAAUUAUUAAUUCACCAAAUUAGAUAAAGGAACCAGCCGCUAUAUUGUUAUUCUCAAAGCAAAUAGUUUGAUAGCGAGAGAGAACAUGUGGACCGGCAGCCACCAAAACAAGGUACAGCUUUGAUAACAACACACUGAGGGAGUGUGAUGUCAUUCUCUGCUCAGGAUCUCAUAUCUUUACACAGCAAACAGCUAUUUGCUGCUAUAUUAACGUUCAAAAUCUCUUUUACAGAACCUUUAAGACAGACUCAUGUUGGUGCAUGCUGACACAGCCAACUGUCUCCAUGAAUAAGGAUCUUAACCUUUGGGAUUAUAUUGGGCUGUUGGUAGCUUGUUACUGCCUCUAUUGUACCACGUCCUGACACUUUAUAAAUUCGUUCUUGUGUGAUUUUUGGACUCCAGAGAACUGUAUUUGUCUUUUGCAUUAUUGCUGCUACUAUCGACAUGUUUGGGUUGUCUUCCCAGGUUGUCAUGUUAAUAAAUAUUAGUUACUAAACAUUCAACAAGAACUUUGGGCAUAUUUUUAAAUAUCUAUAUUUGCAGCAAACGGAAAGACCGUAAAAACACUUUGGGAACAGCCACGCUGAAUUCAAAACAUUUCAUCAAGCUCAGCGAGGCAGAUUGAGCGGCAUGCUUCUUGUAUAAUUACAUUUACCUUCUCCUGAACCCCCUUACAACCGAGAUUAGCUUUGAGUAAUUUGUGAAAUGUAAUAAGGCAAUGGUUAGUUCAAUUAACAAAGCAUGGCGUAAGCUGGGAUUUGUUGUGUAUAUAAAGUCAGUGGGAGAUACAGAACCAUUGCUGCUCCUUUACAGAAUGGGCCAAGCUGCGACACUGCCUUGUAGGAGAGGGGAGUCUUACGUUACAGAGCUGUACGAAUGGUUCAGAAAGUUUAUUAAUGAAUGUCCAAGUGGGCUGAUUACUCUUCAUGAGUUUCAAAGGCAUUUCUGCAAUGGAACAGUGGGCAGUGAGUCAGCUGAGUAUGCAGAACAGAUAUUCCGCACACUGGACAAUAAUGGGGACGGGGUGGUGGACUUCAGGGAGUACGUCAUGGCCAUCAGCAUGCUUAUUGAAGGUUCAGCUGUGGAGAAGCUGCGGUGGUCAUUUAAGCUCUAUGACAAAGACCGGGACGGAGCCAUCACAAGGGAGGAAAUGCUGGAGAUCAUGCAGGCUGUUUAUCAGAUGAGUGUAGCAGCUGCUUUAACCAAACCCAACCCACUUACAGCUGAAGAGUGUACCAACAGGAUAUUUGUGAGAUUAGAUAAAGACAAGAACGCCAUCAUCAGUCUGGAGGAAUUCAUAGAGGGAGCCCUGGAUGAUGAUUGGAUCAGGGAGAUGCUGGAAUGUGACCCGCGCAAUGUGAAGGUAGAGAGGCCUCCGAGGAGGGACACCGCUUUGGGGCCCCAUGGUUGACCUGAAGUGGGGGAUUUUAUCCUCUAGGAGCAGAGUAAUAAACCAGUCAAUAUUUGGACAGAAAUUUCCAGGAAUCGCUGCAGCAACACAGCUUCCAUUCAUUGUGACAAAUUAUAUAUAUAUAUAUAUAUAUAUAUAUAUAAUCUGUUGAGUAACUUCAAGGUAGACACUGGAGAGCGCUGGAAAAUUUAAAUAUGGUUUUAUUAAGUUUCUGCCUUGAUCAUUUCUUUCAUAUUGUUUUUCCUCUGCUGUUUGCAUCAGUGCUAAGUUUUGUUCUUUUCUUCGUGUUUUCUUUGCUGCAUCUGCUGGUUUUAACUAAUAUUUUAUUUUAUUCUUACUUAUUUCAUUAGUUUUAACUCAUAUGUCUUAUUAUUUUUGUUGGUCAACUUAAUUAUUCUUUUAUUAGUUAUUAGUCUUAUUUUAUUCUGAAUGUUAAUAAUAGU